AUGGACUCCACGGAGGAGCAGCAGCCUGUCGUUCGCAUGCGUGGACGACCACUGAACGAGACGAACGCGAACGGAAACAGCAAUGGAAACGGUUCGCCAAACACUGCCAUCCAGCGAGGACUGGAAGCGCUGCAGGAGAACUGUUCUGAGGAGACUGAGGCCUCUUAUAUUCCAGAGAUCCGCAAACUUGACUCUCAGCUGGACCACCUGAAUGACUAUAUGUCAAAAAUGGAAGAGCGGCUGAAACUACAUAAUGAGAAGCUGAUGGAAACGCUUCGGCAUCAGAAGGAGGAACGCGAGAAACGUCGGCGUAGCUUCCACGAGGUCAGCACGACUUCAUUUCUGAGCGCCGCUCGAUACAUGUAUCUCCUAAAGUCCUUGAAAUUUGACCUUACAAACUUUUUUCAUUGA